UAAACAAUCACUUAAUGAAGCGACUGCCUCUAUCUGUAACAUUUACUUCCCUCCUCAAUUAAGUCACGUCUUCCUCUCCCUUCUUCAUCAGAAGAUUUGGGUGUAUGGUAUAUGAUGUUAUUUACCUAUUUGCCUCGUCUUUUAACUGCACCUUGAAUGUUUAGAGACCAUGUUACUUGAAAAAACCAAGCUCCUUGGCUUACCUAAGCCCCUUGUUUUCCACCAAUUUUAUCAAACAUGUUACAUGCAUCUAUCUUUCGAUUCUGUUACCUACACUAAACUCGUUCAGCACUCCACCAAAUCUAGUUGUCUGCUCCACGGCAAACUUGCCCAUGCCCAUAUAAUCAAGUCUGCUUUCAACCCAUGCCUUUUUUUGCUAAACAAUCUUUUAAAUAUGUACUCCAAAGCCGGUAAAAUGGAUGUAGCUCACCGAUUGUUCGACAAAAUGUUCAAACCAAAUCUCGUUUCAUAUAAUUCUUUGAUCUCUGGAUAUACCCAGAUGGGUGCUUUUGAUAAAGCCUUGCAAGUGUUUGUCGAAGCUAGAAAAGCAUGUCUAAAACUUGAUAAAUUCACUUAUGCUGGUGCUUUAAAUGUUUGCACUCAAACUAGGGAUCUCAAGCUAGGGAAGUUAAUUCAUGGAUUGAUUUCAGUAAGUGGAUUGAUUGAGAAAGUAUUUUUGACCAACUCCUUAAUCGAUAUGUAUUGCAAAUGUGAAUGUGUUGAUCAGGCAAGGUUUUUGUUUGAGAAUUCCCAGGAGUUGGAUGAGAUUUCAUGGAAUACAUUGAUUGCAGGUUAUGUCCGUCUGAAUAAAAAGGAAGAGAUAUUGAAACUAUUAAUAAGCAUGCAUCGAAAUGGCUUGGAGUUGAAUACUUAUACCAUGGGAAGUGUCUUAAAGGCUUGUUGUACAAACAAUGAUGUAGGGAUAAUGUGUGGGAAAAUGCUUCAUGGUUGUAUAAUGAAACUUGGGUUUGAUAUUGAUAUUGUUGUUGGGACGGCAUUGCUCGAUAUGUAUGCGAAAAAUGGAGAACUAAAUAGUGCAAUUAAAACUUUUAAAAGCAUGCCAAACCGCAAUAUUGUCAUGUAUAAUGCCAUGAUAUCUGGAAUUAUGGAAACAGAAAGCAAUAGCAAGGAAUGUACAAAUGAAGCCUGCAGACUUUUCUUUGAAGUACAAAGACAAGGAUUGAAGCCCUCAAAAUUUACAUACUCAAGCAUGCUUAAAGCUUGUAUUGCGGUUGAAGAUUUUGUCUAUGGCAAACAAAUUCAUGCUCAAAUAUGCAAGUAUAACUUGCAGUCUGAUGAGUUCAUAGUAAGUGCACUUAUUGAACUGUAUUCCUUAAUGGGAUCAACUGAAGAUGGUUUGAAAUGUUUUAUAUCAACUCCCAGGCGAGAUAUUGUCUUGUGGACAUCCAUGAUCGCUGGUUAUAUUCAGAAUGGGCAAUAUGAAAGUGCAUUGAGUCUCUUUUAUGAACUGAUGGCGUGUGGAGGAAGACCAGAUGAAUUCACUAUCUCAAACAUUUUGAGUGCUUGUGCGGAUCUAGCAACAGCAAGAUUGGGUGAGCAGGUUCACGGACAUGUUGUGAAAAGUGGCUUUGGGAGCUUCAGAAUUGUUCAAAACUCACAGAUUUGCAUGUAUGCAAAGUGUGGUAACGUAAACUCUGCUGAUCUGAUCUUUCGAGAGACAGAGAAUCCAGAUGUGGUUUCUUGGUCAGUGAUGAUCUGUAGUUGCGCACAACAUGGAUGUGCUAAGGAUGCUUUAAACCUCUUUGGGUUGAUGAAGGAACAUGGGAUCAGGCCUAAUCAUAUUACUUAUGUAGGAGUUUUAUCUGCUUGCAGUUAUGGAGGGCUUGUCGAAGAAGGAUUAAAAUACUUUGAAAGCAUGAAGGAUGAUGGUGUUGAAGCCAGCAUAGAGCAUUAUUGCUGUGUUGUUGACCUCUUCGGUCGUGCUGGAAGGCUAGCAGAGGCUGAAAACUUCAUACUUGCCUCAGGUUUCAAGAAUAAUCCUAUUGUGUGGCGAGCAUUGUUGAGUUCUUGCCGGGUUUAUAAGGACUCAGUAGCCGGGAAACGUGCUGCAAUGAAAGUAAUUGAGCUUGAACCCCAAGAUUCUUCAUCUUAUGUUCUUCUUCACAACAUCUAUGCUGAUGCUGCUGUAGAACCAUUGGCUGCAAGGAUCAGAGAACUGAUGCAACAGCGAGGGGUCAGGAAGGAGCCUGGUCUGAGUUGGAUUUAGGUUGGAAACAUAGUUCAUUUCUUUUUGUGGUUGAUAUAUCACCCUACAAGUCAAGUAAUCUAGUGAGGUUGGAAGAAAUUUUGGAGAAGACGAGGGAAUUUAGUUAUGUUAAUGAGAGGACCGCUUCUAACUCAACUGAAACAAAACCCAAAUGGGAGCUCAGUUAUGAACUAUCACAGUUUGAAUUAGCAAUUACUUUUGGACGUACUAGCUAUAAAAAUUGAUCUUCUGUUAGGUGAUGACAUAAUUGAAGCCCUGCCCUGAUUGCCAUUUGCCACAGAACAAUUGAAGCUCUUGUCAAAGCUGGGGAUGGCAGAAAUAAUUCCCAGAGAUCAGUUUCUAUCUGUCAUUCCAAGAAGAUGAUUCUUCUUAUAGAGAUUGAUAACAGUUGGGUGUCAGUGUUGGACACGGGUAUGCGUCAGACACGGCUAUAUCCUAUUUUUUUCAAGUCUUUUCAUGUAUUUGGAGGGUCCUUGGAAGGCAACAUCCUGCUACCCAUGUCCAGAUACGUGUCUGACAUGGGUGUUGGAUACAGGUACUUCAAGAAAAAUGAAGUCCAAGCUUAAUAGCACAGAGCUCUGCCUAAGAGAAGCCACUUUUAAAUGCAAAGUGAGCGGAAAUGAAGGUAUGCAUCCAACCUCAAAGUUUUUGUUUUCUGUAUGGAAAUACAUAAUUCUUGAGAAAGUUAUAUCUGCUUCUUAUCAGUUUCUAAAUAGGGAGAUUACACUUGUUAAGGACUUUUUUUUUUUUUGGGAAACCACAAGAUGCAGUACACCAAAUGUGAUUGGUAACAGAUACUCUCAUUUUUAGAAUCUCUUGUUAGGCUGACAAAUUCAGCUGAAGAUAGGAAACCAAUUUAGCUGAAGGGACGGGGAUGAUGUGGAGUUAGAGUUUCAUAAAAUUUAUUCUCUUAAAAAAUUGAUUUAAAAUGGAUUUAAAUAUUUUCAUCAAAACCACAAUAAGUUUGAUA